GAACGACGCGUGUCGAGAAGGAGAAGUACGCUGCCCAGCGCAUGACUGAUGAUCACUGGGCAGGACUGGUGGCGUUGAAGGGGUUCCUAGCGCCCUUCAACGCCAUCACCAAGGCCGCUGAAGGGAGUGCGUACCCGACUAUGACAACCAUUGUGCCAUACUACAACCUACUCCUCGACACACUGGAGAAGAUUUUGACCGAUGCCUCAAACCCCCCCUUAGCCCUCCUUCGUGAUCUCGUUCAGGCAGCCCUGCCCGUCCUGCAGAAGAACUACGACAACAGCACUGAUGAGCUGACGGUCGCCACCUUCCUCGACCCGGGCCUGAAGCUGGCGUACUUCACGAUGGGAGUCGUACCAGAGCUUGCAGAGGAGGAGGAGGACAAGGGCGUGCACUUCGCCAGCCGAUCUAGCUUGCUUGCACGUGUUGCGGCUACCGUGGAGGGUGGGGGGGUGGCUGGGCCGGGGGGGGACGAGAUCGAGAGGUACAUGCUGGAGGGGCCUGUGCAGAAUGUCCCCCCUCUUGAGUACAGGUGUGACAAGCGCGACAUGCCCGUUCUCAAGGCAAUGGCCUUCAACUACCUUGCCAUUCGAGCUUCGUCUGCUACCAACGAGCGUGUGUUUUCGGCGAGCAGGAACCUCAUCAAAUGGCAGCGCCACAGGUUGAGCGAUGAGAGAAUUUGCGAUGCCAUGACUUUGCGCUCCUUCUUCGCGAGUCACCCAGGAGUUUCAUUGGAGGUGGCGUCAGGCACAUGCCGUGCCAUUGGGGCACCGCCUGCCAUUGAGGAUAUUGGAGUGGAGGGAGAGGGGCCGGCGUAA